UGACCGUUGAAGAUGUGCCACAAUUUAUGCGCCCAUGCGAGAUGUUUAACAUGUGCGCGCCAAACCUCCCUCCGAUGUAUUGGAGCUGGCCAUCCGGACCGUGGCCAUCACUCAGUGGAUGCACUCUCGCGGUCGUGACGAGUGGCCACAUUGGUGAGGAACAAACAUGGAGUACAAGCCGAAAUUACGCCGCGUGAGUACACUGACCGGCACGUGGGUUGACCGGAGUGUUGCAUCCGGUGUCGCGGAUGACGAGCAGGACGAAGUUCUGACCAGGCGCGGUUCCUGGACUGGGAGGUUCGAUUUUCUGUUAUCUUUGUUGGGGUACUCCGUGGGACUGGGAAAUGUUUGGCGAUUCCCGUACCUUUGCUACAACAAUGGAGGUGGGGCCUUCCUAAUCCCGUUCACCGUGAUGCUAGUGAUAGCCGGACUACCACUAAUGUUCAUGGAACUCUCCCUGGCCCAGUAUGCCGGACUUGGACCAGCAGUCCUGUUCAAACGACUGUCCCCGCUUCUCCAAGGACUUGGCUUCGGAAUGGUCCUCGUUGCCCUGGUCGUAAUGCUGUACUACAACGUAAUUCUAGCGUGGACCCUGUUUUACAUGCUGGCAUCGUUUGAGGAACCGUUGCCGUGGAAGGGAUGCCAUCAUGCGUGGACCAGUCGGCAGUGCUAUUCGUACGAUGAAGAGAGCAAAUGUCUGGAUCUUAAUGGGACAUACUAUAUGAGGGAGUGUUAUGCGAACGUUAGCUUGAUUGCUAACUUUACCAAAGUGGCGAAGAAACCACCCGCGGAGGAGUUUUUCAAAAAUUACGUUCUCCAGCUCUCAAGUGGCAUCGAGCACACCGGAAACGUUAGCAUUACGCUAUCCUUCUGCCUGCUGGCCGCCUGGCUCAUCGUCUUCCUUUGCCUCUGCCGAGGAGUCAAAUCUUCCGGCAAGGUGGUCUACUUCACGGCCCUGUUUCCGUACGUGGUCCUGAUAAUGCUUUUCGUGCGGGGAAUCACACUGCCCGGUUCUUACACAGGAAUCAUGUACUAUCUGGAACCGGACUGGGAAAAGCUGAAAAGUGCCCAAAUUUGGGGUGAUGCCGCCGUCCAGAUCUUCUUCGCACUGAGUCCCGCCUGGGGAGGGCUGCUCACGCUAGCGUCCUACAACAAGUUCCAAAACAAUUGCUACCGGGAUGCCAUCAUCGUGGCCGUCACCAACAUACUGACGUCGUUCUUCGCUGGUUUUGUGAUAUUUUCCAUUUUGGGAUUCCUGGCGCACGAGUUGGACACCGAAGUGGGAACCGUGCUGGACCAGGGAGCGGGGCUUGCGUUUGUGGUGUUUCCGGAAAUGGUCACCAAGUUGCAGAUGCCAAUGUUCUGGUCGGUGUUGUUCUUCUUCAUGCUGUUGACCCUUGGCUUGGAUUCGCAGUUUGCGCUCAUGGAAACGGUUGUGACCGGAAUUUUGGACACUUUUCCCCAGUGGCGGCGCUGGAAGCUGAGGGUCGUGUUUGGAGUGGCCACCGUGGGAUAUCUGGGCGGAUUGGUGUUCAUUACAAACAGUGGCAUGUACUGGUUCCAGCUCGUCGACAAGUACGCCGCCAAUUGGUCUGUGCUGCUGAUCGCCACCAUCGAAUGUGUCCUGGUUGCGUGGGUUUACGGCUCGGAGCGAUUCAUCCAAAAUAUUGAGGAGAUGAUUGGUCGACGCUCCAAGUGCUUCGUCGUCUUUUGGACCAUUCUCUGGAAGGUGGUUACGCCGGCAACUCUGUUGUUUAUCCUUUGCUUCAACUGGAUUCAGUAUAAACCGGUCUCGUACGGGAAGUACGCUUACCCCGAAUGGGCGGACAUUGUCGGUUGGAUUAUUGGACUGCUGCCAAUGGGGGUGGUGGUCCUGACGGCAAUCUACAAACUCAUUGCAGAUAUCAGCGAAAAGUCUCUGGUGGAGAAAAUUAUCUCACUUGUUCGACCAACUGACGAAUGGAGGGCAGCAAAAGUGGCACUUUAUCAUUUGGAAUAUGAUGAACCGGUUACAGAGCUUUGAAUUAUAAU